GGCGUCAGCAUCGCGAUAAGUCACAGUAUGUCACGAUCGCGUGUUCUACGUGAAUCACUGACGACGCGUCCCUCGGCAACUGAUGAGGUUUCGAGCUACAAUCGAGAAUGUGAACGCUUUCUUCCGUAUCAUACAGGCCGUCGAAAAGCUACAGAAGAAAUGUAUCAUGAAGUUCACCGAGGAGGUGAUGUGCAUUAUCUGCAAUAGCGAGGACAACGAGGGGGGAAUACAAGUCUGGUCGCAAAUCACGGUUCUUUCACUCUUCGAUUCAUACCGAAUACAAUCGAACGCUGCGAACGUUAUCACUAUGUCGCUGUCUUCGGAGGCGCUUCUCGCGACUCUCAGAUCAGCCUCCACCUCAUCAAACUCCACGCACGAAACUCAGGAGGUAGUGAUGAAGCUGGCGAAGAAGAACGACGUCGCGGUGCUGAGCUUCGAGAUCACAGGCGUCUCGCGCCAGGGACGCAAAGUACGCGUGUCAUAUGACGUGCGCAUCGAAGUCAUGAAGCCGGCGGAUGUCGAAAACCUCAGGGAGCCAUUGUGUCCCGAACCGGAUGUCAACAUCGUUCUUCCUCCGCUGCAGAAGCUCCGCCCCAUCGUUGAGCGACUGCGUUCGAUGUCAGACUAUCUUCUCGUCCGAGCCAACAACAGCGGUUGCUUGAAUCUGUCCGUGCAGACUGACAGUGUGUCGGUCGACACCGAAUGGAAGAAUUGCACAAUAACACCAAGAGCUGCUGCCAAUUCUCAAGAUCCUGAACCUAUUGAGAAGGAUCCUGUCGAGAUGUUUCCGGUCACAGUAACGACCCGAAGCUUCUUGAAGUUCCUCAACAGUCAUGUUGUUUCCACCACGACUAUUGCUUGUAUCUGCCGGAACCAUUGCAUGAUUCUAUACGUCUAUUUGGGCGAUAGAAGCGACGCAGGCGGAGUGCUCACGUUCUACAUACCAGGACAGGACCUGGGGAAUGACUGAAACUACAUGCUCCAAUUUACACUGUACACACGAUACCCAAGCCGGCUGAUUAUACCUCGUUGUCUAAUUGGUUCACUGUGCGGAGGUUGACUGUUCAGGAACUACCGAAGGCGCCGGCGAGGAGUCUUUGUCGUCCGAGCAAGAUGGAUCAUCCGCUGCGCUGCUGGCUUCCAAGUUCGACUGGUCUCUCUCAGCUGCAACAGCUUGAGCUUGUGGGCCCCAGCCAACUCUUCCUUCGAGCCACGGGCCUGCGCUGCUCUGAUGGCAUCCCUCGGGACACAAGCACUUUCCGCCGAGCGUCGUAGGCAGAUUCUCCGGAUCGAUCAAGGCGUUGAGGACAUUCUGAUAGUCGUGUCCGAGGAUGUCGACUUUCUCCGCGGUUUCCUUCGAGAGCCAAG